UAUUGUUUUUGUCGGUUUUGUUGUUGCCGUGUCUUCGUUUUUCGCUCAACAAUUUUUCGCCUGCGAGCAGAAAAACUCGCGAUCAGUGCUCGGAAUUGUGAGAGCAGAGUCUUGAAAUUAAUGUGAAAACAAGCUGCCGAUAAUCAGGAUAGCGAAUCGCACAAGUGAACGUGAGUGUGGAUGUGAGUGUCUAUAUGAGUGCGCAUGUGGAUGAGACUGUUUUUCUGUCCGUGAGCGUGUUAAUUUAUUUUUUAACCUGAGAAUCGAAUCGAAUCGAACCGACGACACAUCCAGUUACUGAUUAAUAAACACAAAGAUUCCCAAAGAAGGCGGCAUAUCAAUGUCGUACAAAAGAAAAUACUUUGCAUAGCGCAUAGUGAUAACCCAUCGAGAUAUAUAUAGAGAGCCGGAGGAGGAUACCAUCCCGAGCAACAAUCCAAAGAUUAAACCCUAAAGUAACCAAAUGGCCACGAACUGCGACUUCAUUGAGGAGCAAGUGAAGCAGCAGCCGUUGGCCAAUGUACCAGUCAUGGGCCUUCAGGAGGACAAAAGCCAGGAGGCUACCAAGCCGGAGCAGCCGGAGAAGCAGCAGCCACCUGCCAAUCUCUACCAGCAGUUCGCUGGCGAGGACAGUUUCGAGUGCGCCUUCGAGUCCACUAUGGAUGACCUGGAGCAGGGCGUCCUGGAUGGCUACGAAACGGACUCGGAGACGAGUGCCAAUGAGCAGAUCACGGACUCGGCCUCCUCGGGCAGCCUGGGCCCAGUGGCCCAGCAGCAGCAGCGGGAGGAGCGGCUGAGAGGCCUGCCGGGUGCACUACAUGGCCAGCACAUCGACUCCGAGAUGCUCAGCUGCCUGCCGCGAUCGAAUUCCUUCGACUUCCACAGCAGCAGUGGCAGCAGCAGCGACGAUGAGGAUGACCCGGAUGACGACGAUGACGAAGUGCAUCCCAGCUUGGGCCUCAGCCUCAGCGGCAAGUUUGCCAAGGUGGAUCUCUACUCGGGCCACCAGAGGCCUGGUUAUCUCCUGCCUCCCUACAUCGAGCGUCGCCGCUUGUCGCAGUGCAAGGAGGAGGACGACGAGGAUGAGGGCGACAGAAGCCAGCUGGGCGGGGGAUCCACCUCCGGAGAGGCCACCAAGUCCGAGCGAGCCUCCAAGGCGCCGCCGAGGCCACCCACGCCGCAGGACGAGGCCUCCAAGGAGAAGUUCAAGGACCUGGAGCGGCUGAGGCAGCAGUUUAUGCACAAAAUCGAUAGGAUAAACACGGGGAACAUAGAGGAGAGCGAGGCGCCACCGCCACCGCCUCCUCCGCCGCCGCCCAUUCCAGCCACGAUUCUACCAAAGGCCCUGAAGGCCUUGCUGCACACCCAGGAGCCAGCGACGCCUUCGCCACCAGUGACUCCAACCAGUCCUGCCCCCACCAGUCUGAUUGUGGCCAAGGAGAGUCCGGUGGCUCCAGCUGCUCAGGAGCCCGUAUCCCCGCUUCCUUUGCCCUCCGAACCCCCGCUCAUCAUCAAGGGCAAGUUCAAGGUGACCCUGGCCCAGGAGACACCCGAACUGCGCGUGGAGGCCCAGAAGCUGGGCAACCUUAAGGCCAGCUCCAACGCCCACACCAUCAGCUUCCCCUCCAGCUUCGGGGGCUACUCCUCGGUGCAGGGACUGUUCUCCCAGCGCUACGGCUCCAACCGGUUCCCCGCCGCCGCUCCCCACCUGUCCAAGCAGUUCUUCGAGCCAUCGCUGGUGGAGAUUAGGACGAGCAACGUGGCCCUGAACACGACUGGACUGGCCAACAGCAAUCACCAAAGCCUCACUUGUGAUACAAAUAGUUUAGCCAACAAGCCGCGAACGCCCAGCGAACGGGAGCUGGACGAGAUCUGGAUACGGCGGCAGGAGGGGGGCACGGGUGGAGCUACCUCGGCGGCUCCUCCUCCGCCCUUCCUGCAGCAGCAGCAGCAGAGACCCGUCUCCCUGGGCGGGGCGUCCACCAUGCCCCGUCUGCUGCGCAGCGAGAGUGGCGCCUCCACCACGAGUCCCUCCCGCCAGCUGACCAACUCGGGAUCCGUCUCGGUGUCCGUGUCGGAUGAUGAGCAGGAUGGCAGCCUCGGAGGAGCCGGACGAACGCCAGGCUCCCGGCCUUCCAGCGCCCCCGCAGAGCCAAACGCCAAGGCGGCCAAGAAGGCCUACAAGAAGAUGGAGAAGGAGCAGCGUCGCCAGGAGAAGGAGCAGUCGCGGCGGGAAAAGGAGGCCCGCAAGCUGGAGCGCGAAACGGCGCGACGGAUCGAGCGGGAGGCGGCCAAGCUGGAGAAGAUCAACCGGCACAGCGAGAAGAUCUCACGCAGCACGGAGCGGAUGGCCAUGGCGGGCGUGUCGUCGCGGUCCGGCUCGCUGGAGCGGAGGCGCAGUGGCGAGGACUCCCCCGUGCUCAACCAGUCCACAGUGCACGGCAUAGCCUCGCCCAACCGCAGGCCCACGAUCUUCGAUGUGUUCCGACCCAGGGCGAAAUCCGAUGCCAAGCGGCAGAAGGAGAAGCACCUGGUGGACCCCUCCUCCGCGGACAGCAGCGCCACCAGCAGCACGUACUCCGUUUCGGGGGGCACGGCUCCGGCCUCGAGCUCCGGAGGAGCAGCAGCUGCUGGAGCAGCGGGCGGCGCAGGCGGAGCGGGAGGAGCAGCCGGAGGCCUUAUGAACUCCAUGAAGGUGGCCAUGCAGAACUUCAGCCAUCGUCAGCACCCCGCCGUGACGAUAACGAGCGCCGACGGAACGCAGUCCACCGCGAAGAGCAAGUACAAAGACGGCAGUGCCCAUCCGCACCAAGGCAGCGACGCGCAGUAUUACCACACGGUGACGGCAGUGCGUCCGAACUCUUCCCAGCGGUCGCCGAUGACCAAGGUCAUGGACCUGUUCCGGCACCGAUCCAGUUCAGUCGUCAGCGAAGCCGACAAACGCAAGGCGCGCGCGGCGGCGCACCAACAACAGUUGGCUGUACAAAGUGCUCAUAUGCGUCGUGCCUCAGCGGAUCUGGAGAAACGCCGUGCUUCAGUUGGCGCCGCUGGUCGAGGGCUGCGGGGAGAUGGUACGCUGGAUCCACACCAUGCAGCCAUCCUCUUCAGAGACUCCAGAGGGUUGCCUGUCGCUGAUCCGUUCCUAGAGAAAGUAAACCUAUCGGACCUGGAGGAGGACGACUCACAGAUCUUCGUGAAGUUCUUUCGUUUUCACAAGUGCUAUGAUCUGAUACCCACCUCCGCCAAGUUGGUCGUAUUCGACACCCAGCUCCUCGUAAAGAAGGCCUUCUACGCCCUGGUCUACAACGGGGUGAGGGCGGCACCGCUCUGGGACUCGGAGAAGCAGCAGUUCGUGGGCAUGCUGACCAUCACGGACUUUAUCAAGAUCCUGCAAAUGUAUUACAAAUCGCCCAAUGCGUCCAUGGAGCAGCUGGAGGAGCACAAACUGGACACGUGGCGAAGUGUUCUGCACAACCAGGUGAUGCCGUUGGUCAGCAUCGGGCCGGAUGCCUCCCUCUACGAUGCCAUCAAAAUUCUCAUCCACAGCCGCAUUCAUCGCCUGCCAGUCAUCGAUCCGGCGACCGGCAACGUCCUCUACAUCUUGACACACAAACGCAUACUGAGGUUCCUCUUCCUAUACAUUAAUGAAUUACCAAAGCCCGCGUACAUGCAAAGGAGUCUGCGCGAACUGAAGAUUGGCACCUAUAACAACAUCGAGACCGCCGACGAGACGACGAGCAUCAUCACGGCGCUCAAGAAGUUUGUGGAGCGACGCGUCUCAGCCCUGCCACUCGUGGAUUCGGAGGGACGGCUCGUCGAUAUCUAUGCAAAGUUUGAUGUGAUUAAUCUCGCUGCUGAGAAAACCUACAACGAUCUCGAUGUGUCGCUGCGCAAGGCCAACGAGCACCGCAACGAGUGGUUCGAGGGCGUCCAGAAGUGCAAUCUGGACGAGUCGCUUUACACGAUCAUGGAGCGCAUCGUCCGCGCCGAGGUGCACCGACUGGUGGUGGUCGACGAGCACCGCAAGGUGAUCGGCAUCAUCUCGCUGUCGGACAUCCUGCUCUACCUGGUGCUGCGGCCCAGUGGCGAGGGCGUCGGCGGGUCAGAGAGCUCGCUGCGCGCCUCCGAUCCCGUCCUGCUGCGCAAGGUGGCCGAGGUGGAGAUACCAGCGGCUGCCGCAACGACGACGACAACGCCCCCGCCUCGCAGUCCCUCGGCCGGAUCCGGCAAUCGCAGCCUGAUCGAGGACAUACCCGAGGAGGAGCCAGCGCCGACGAGGAGCGACGAUGCCGACAGUGAUAACAACAAGUCCGCCAGUGAAGAUAAGGCCAACAACAACCAGCACGAUCAGACGACGACGACGACGUCGGCGGCGGCGACGACAGCUAACGGUGAUAGCAGUAACAGUCCUGUGGAAGUGUCAUUCGCCGACGAGGCGCACGAGGAGGAGUCCGCCGACCAGGUCGAGAGCAGAAAUUGUGAUGAUGAUGACGACCAGGAGGCGCUGGCGGAGAUCGAGAGCAAGAAGGCAUCGAUGGACGACGACGAGGACGAUGGGCUGAGCAGCGCCGUGUCCGCUGCCUCCGCUUUGGGCCAGUCACUGACGCCCGCGGCGAGAGAAAUGGCGUUGGUUAGUGAAUAGACCCUUAAUUUAAACACAAGCUAAAGAGAUACAGCUGCUACUACAGAAACGGAACGGAAACAGAAAAAGAAACAGAUACAAUGCUAAACAAGAACUAAAAACCCAAAACACAACAAUAAUGAUAAAGCAGAGAAAAUUAUAUUUGAAUAUUAAUAGUUGUUAAGGAUAUAUUAUUACAAUUAUGAAAUAUUAUGUAUUUUACAAGCAACUAAAAGCAAAACAAAACAAAAAGCUGUUAACAAGAUGUUUAUAUAUACACACGAGAAAACGAAAACAAAACAACAAAUUACAUUAGAACGUCUUUAAAUUUUAAACGAUGUAAUUGAUUAUUAUAUGAUAGUACAGUACAAGUCAAA